AUGGCCGAUUCAACGAUUCCGGCAAACCUGAAGUUCGUUGUUUCCAACAUAAAGAACUUCGUCACUACGCCGCUCGCUGCCGACAACUAUGCCAUCUGGCGAUCCCAAAUACUGAAAAUCAUUCGUGCCAAUGGCUUCUAUAGCUUUCUUGUUCCGCCACCGUCGCUUCCUACCUCCUCCGACCAGAUUCAAGAAGGCUCGUCGUCUUCCACCAUCAGUACGGGUAACAGACAUCUGACCGAUCAAACAUUAUCGGCUGCCCUCUGUUCGACCAUUUCACAUUCUAUCUUGCCAUAUGUGAUCUCGUUGGAGUCCACCGCUGAAAUCUGUACCUCUCAGAAAAUUAAAUCGUUGGUGGACCAAAUCGUUGCAGCCGACUCAACGGUAGAUAUAGAGGAUAUCAUCCUCUACAUCUUAAACGGUCUUCCUCCUACAUACCAAUCGUUCAAGACAUCGAUCCGAACAAUGCUCAACCCGAUAAGUCUCGAUCAACUCUACCCUCUUCUCCUCAGCGAAGAGAUUCAUCUUGCAGCAGAUGCAGCUCGGCAGCACACGACUACCGAUCCAAAUAUGGCCUUAUUCGGCUCCAGGGGCGUGGCAAAAGGUUCCGCGGCAGAUAAAAUUCAAACUCAAUGGGACAGACCCGAUCCAACCCCUCCAGCUCAAUCAUCUGCCAAAUGUGCUUCAAGAAAGGACACUCCGCAAAUUCUUGCUGGCAUCGCCUAA